AUGUCCCAACAGGAGCAGAAUCGUGAAGGCCAUCCUUCAGAUUACCGGCAAGAUGAAAAUAGUGGGCUGUAUGGCUGGGGCUCCAGAAUGCAAGUCCCUCCACUAUCAAGACAGCAACCCGGCAACGCACCUCCUUUAUCCCAACAACCCACGAUAGCACAAAAAAUGCCCUCGUCUUUUGGUGCUAAUCCAAGACAGUCCUCUCAGCACUUGCAGCUCCCGGGCAGCAUUGGACUUGGAGGGUCUUCGAACCCGGCUGGCUCUUCACUGCCUCUGCCAACAUCGCAACCUUCACAGCACCCUCAGCAGGAGAGGCUUGUGCAAUUGGCUCGACGCAAAAGAGGAGCUUCUAAGAAGUUCAAGGAAAACUCCCGGUUGAAGCCCCACGGUCGUCCCAUGGCACCAGAGGCCAAGAUCAGACUGACUCUGAGUCCUUCGCUAGCGGUUCUGUACCAGAGCUUGGUGACAGACUCCUCAAGAAAGAGCCUGAAGGUUAUGAAGACGCAGUUUGGCAACAAGGACGGAGCCAUGCUUGAGUUGAGCUCUUAUAAGAACAAUCUCAACGACUCCUCGCCAUUGCCUCCUCUCAAAACAGAGACUGUCACGUUGAUUGACCAAUUGCCCGAGGGAGUGAGUGAGGAUUCGCUCGAGCCCAAUGUCCACACCUCCAUCUACAAGGUUGUGAAGCAGAUUUUCGGCCUCGACGAGUUCUCUCUGUUGCGAGUGACCAGGGCCGCUGCCUCGGAGCCAGAGGGUGCAGUGCUAUUGAAGAUUGAAACAGUUGAACCAGGCGAUCUUCAUUUGAAUGACGAUGAAAAUGACAAUCAGGUGGGAGGUGCUUCUAGACAGGACGGCAUUGGCGAGGUGGGCGAUCCCAUCACUGCUUCUUUCCUCAAGAAGAAGAUCGCACGACCAAGAUACAAGUCCAAUAUGAGGAUAUACGUGCUUCCGAGAAGAACCAAAGCUGCUCUGUAUACCCAGUCGAGGAUGCUGAAAAGAGAUCUUUUGAAUUCCAUCUUGGUUCCGGAGACCGAUCCCAGACUCAUCAUAUGUGCGUUCGAGUACAUGCCGCUUCUGCAGGACUUGAAGAUCAAUUUUUCCGGUGAAGCCCAUCAAUUGCAAUUGAAUUCCCAGCUUCCACGCCAAUUGACCCUUUCGAACACGGCAGAUCGCGAGCUUUCUUACUCUAACACGGCUUCUAGCCAGUCAACGAGUGCCGGAUCAAAUGCAAACACAGCAAUAUCUGCAGCCUCUUCGGCGUCAGGAACGGUCUCCUCGGCCACCCCAACAGGGUACGGGUUUCAAUACACAUUGCCUCCUGUUUAUCCGGACUCAAUGACAAAUAUUCCAGUUGGUUAUGGAUAUCCGAGACAGGCGUACCAACCUCCUCCGUCUUACGGGUCCAACUUCUACCCAAUGGCAGCUACCCAGUUCUACUCUCACAACCAGCAGAUUCCACAACAGGGCUAUCCCAGCAAUUAUCCGAUAUUGGACUACCAGGACCGGGACUCGACUUCUGCGCCAUUGAAUGGAAAUGGAAAUUUGCAGGCCCCCAACCCACAGGCUCAGUUCUCGCAGGUGCAUUACUACCAACAUGUGCCCCAGCAAUCACAGACACAGACACAGACACAGCAACAGCAACAGCAACAGCAACAGCAACAGCAACAGAGGAACGACUGGACGAGCUUCAAAUUGCAGUCUAAACCUUCAGAUGGUCAUGAUCAAGCUCUAGGUCAAAGAUAUCCUCAUUAUCCGCCUCAGUGA